CCCAAUAGUGAAAGAACAAAGUCCAUCAGUCAUCAAGGAACAAGUGAGCAUCCCAUCAUGGCAUCGUUAGCUCUAUCUAGUCGAGCCUCGCAUCUGCUCUGCCGUAGUAUUCGCCUGAGCUCCAGUCGAUUGAGCACUGCGAUCAAGCUAGCAAGGCCUUGCACUACUAUUCGCUGGUACACUGUUUCAAGCGAUGAUAGAAUACUUCGUUCAAGUUACCCCGCUAUAGACGUGCCGAAAAACCAGUCAUACGUGCAGUUUAUACUUGACUGUUGUAAGAGAAAUGGCGAUAAAGAAGCCUUGGUGGAUGGUCCAACAGGAGAGACCUAUACUUAUACAGAUCUCAUCACCCUGAUCAAGAAAUGUGGAUCUGCACUGUUGCAGGCAGGGGUCAAACCCAAAGACGUGGCUCUACUGCACCUACCCAACAUUAUGCAGUACCCUGUAUACCUAUACGGGGCCCAGGCCAUAGGGGCAGUUGUGACCACGGCAAAUCCAGGAUAUACCGUAGAUGAGCUAGCCUAUCAACUUAUUGACUCAAGUGCUAAGUACAUUAUUACAGACUCAAAGCUUUACCACACUGCUAUAGAAGCCGCAAGGAAAGCAAAUGUAGAACAUGUCUUUGAAUCAGUGGAAUUCUUCAAGGACUUGCUUAAGGAUGAUGGCUCUAAGUUAAAAGGAGUCUACAGCCCCACAGACCCAACAGAGGCCAUAUGCAUGCCAUAUUCUAGUGGAACUACAGGUGUUUCUAAGGGUGUCCUGCAGUCGCACUAUAACUACAUUGGGCAUGCGCUUAGCCUAGGGAGCAAAGAGUUCAUGCAAUGGGACAAGAGACUGGUAACCCUGUCUUUACUGCCUCUCUUCCACGCAUUUGGAUUGGCAGUUAAUGUCGGCAUGCAUUUCUAUUUGGGCUCCAAGGUCAUCUUGCUGCAGGGGUUUGAGCCUGAACAACUUCUAAAGACCAUAGAGAAAUACAAGGUGAAUGACUUUCCGAUGGUCCCUCCACUUGCCCUUUUUCUAGCUAAGCACCCGCUAGUAGACAAGUACGACUUAUCAUCCCUCGAGAGCAUGAUCUCUGCUGCAGCCCCAGUUGGCAAAGGCAUCCUAAGGACUAUGGCAGAACGAAUUCCAUCCCUCAAAAUUGUCAGGCAAGGUUAUGGUCUAACCGAGGCCACAGCUGGUGCUAUAGUCAACCCUAUUGACCCCACCAAGUGCAAGGACGGGUCGGUGGGAGUGUUGCUUCCAAACCUAGAGGGCAAGGUCACUGACCUAGACACGGGAGAGGCUCUAGGCCCAAACCAAGAAGGGGAGAUCUGUUUACGUGGGCCUAUAGUUACACAUGGUUAUUUGAACAAACCCGAACAGACGGCAAACACAUUCACAAGUGAUGGAUGGCUGCACACUGGUGACAUAGGUUACUAUGACACGGAAGACUACUUCUACAUCACAGACCGACUCAAGGAGCUGAUUAAAUACAAGGGGCACCAGGUCCCCCCUGCGGAGCUCGAAGCCCUGCUCGUCUCACACCCCCAUAUCGCUGAUGCCGCGGUAAUCGGUAUCCCGGAUGACGUGGCCGGCGAACUCCCGAGAGCCUUUGUGGUCGUCAAGGCGGAGAUCUCGGAAAGAGAGAUCUUGGAUUUCGUGACGGAGCACGUGGCACCGGAGAAGAAACUAAGGGGAGGGGUGGAGUUUGUGGAAGCCAUUCCCAAGACCCCUACCGGCAAGAUUCUAAGAAGAGUGCUUAAGAAAGAAGCGCUAGCUAGUUAGAAAUUCAUGGAAUAACACUCAAGCAACAACCGCUAGCUAGAUAGUUGGCAAGCGAUUUAAAAUAUCAAAGAAUUUAGCAAAACUUGCGCGUGAAUAGGAGAAAUAGUUGGGAGAAACCAUACGUGUGAAUUGGAGAAAUAGUUAUUUUUUGUGAGCUCAAAACUGUAUACAGAAAUGUACCAAGUUAGUCUUGGCUUGUAACACGUUAUAGACUCCGCCUGUAAAAAUGUCCGGUGGAAAUAGAUGUCUGGUUUUAUGGAGCUUUUCUUACAUAUGUAAUUUAAGCUUUAUUACUAUUUGUACAACAGAAAGUGAUUCAAUUAUUACUGUGUAUAUAAGAUUAAGAAUGGAUUAUUAGGAAGAGAAUUACACUAAUGAUCAAUAGCAAAAA